CCAAACAAAACCCCUAAAACCCCUAAAACCCCAAGCCCCCAAUCCCAACUCUCUCUCUUAGCAUGUUCAAUCUCCGGGAAAGACCAACUCACUUCACUUCCUUCGUCUUAUUCUAAUCAUCCUCAUAACCAAAACAUGAACGAAGAGGAUACCGGACCGCCCAACAAGGAACUUUACGCACUUUUGCACCUCUCACCGGAGGCUUCCGAUGAAGAAAUCAGAAAAGCUUAUCGCCAGUGGGCCCAAGUCUACCACCCUGAUAAAUACCAAGCUCCUCAUAUGAAAGAAAUUGCUACGGAGAACUUUCAGCGCAUAUGUGAAGCAUAUGAAAUAUUAUCAGAUGAGACUAAAAGGCAAAUAUAUGACAUAUAUGGUAUGGAAGGGCUGACUUCUGGUUUGGAACUUGGUCCAAAGCUCAAUAAAGUCGAGGAGUUAAAGGAAGAGCUUGAACGGCUAAGGCGGAUGAAGGAACAAGAGAAGAAGUUAGCACAUUUUCGGCCUUCUGGGACAAUACUGGCCAACUUAUCUUUGCCACAGUUUCUAGAUGGUGAUGGCAUAAUGAGAGGAAUGGCUAUGAGUAGCGAAGUUCAUUCUCAAUUAUCAAAAAGCAAUACUAUUGCAUUUGGUGGAAAUUUGGAAGUGAAUGAAAAUUCUGGUGGCGGAGCUGCUUCACUUGUCCUUAGGCAUCAGAUGUCUUCUGUUUCAUCAAUAGAAUUUUUAGCUUCAGCUGGUUUACGGGGCCUUAUAGGAUUGCAGACAACACGUAACCUGUCACAACACUCAACUGCAACAAUGGCUAUUGCAAUGUCUUUGAGAGAUGGCUCGAUCAAUCUUUCUAAUAACUGGACCCGCCAACUCUCUGAAACGACGAGUGGAAAUAUUCAGCUUUUGUUAGGUGUCGAGUCAGCCAUUUCUGUUGGAUGGGAAAAGAAAGAUGAGAGGAUGUCUGCUAUUGGAGAGAUUAAGGUUGGCACAAAUUCCUUUGGGGCAUCAGCUCAUUAUACUCGUCGCUUUUCCAAAAAGUCUCAUGGCCGUAUAGCAGGCAGAUUUGGAAGGUAUAUUAUCAAAAUCUGUGUGGACAAUAUUUUGUGA